AUGGCGGCGCAGGGGGAGGACCCGCUGGGCUAUUUCGCGGCCUACGGCAGCUCCAGCUCCGACUCAGAGCCCGAGGAGCCGCAGCCCGACGAGCGCCCGGCGGGAGCCGGCGCGGCCUCGGCGGGCACCCCGGGGCGGCCGCGGCUGCCGCCGCCCGACGAGCUGUUCCGCCGGGUGUCGCAGCCGCCCGCCUUCCUCUACAACCCUCUCAACAAGGAGAUCGACUGGGAGAGCCGCGUCCUGCGGGCGCCCGAGGAGCCCCCCAGGGAGUUCAAGGCGUGGCGGAGCAACGCCGUGCCCCCGCCGGACACCUACAGCCCGCCCGAGCCGCCGCCGCCGCCGGCCGCCGCCCUCGACAUGGCCAUAAAGUGGUCCAACAUCUACGAGGACAACGGCGCCGACGCGCCGCGCCAGGCCGGCAAGGCCAAGUUCCUGCCGGACGAGGAGCAGGAGCGGCUGGAGUCGGAUGAUGAAAAAGACGAUGAACCAGCUUCUGCUAAGAAACGUAAAGUAGAAUCUGGAGAACAGGCAAAGAAGAAGAAGAAGACCAUAUGAUAUAUGCAAUAUCCAGUUUUCUUGAAGUCUACAGCAUCUGAUACUGACUUUCCAAGGAGAAAACCAGGAUGUCUAGCCUGGGAGAAGAACAAUUGAAUUUUUUGCAGGUUGAGGGAAUCUUCAUAGUAAGGAGAGACCACGGCAGCUUCCCUGUUCAGGAGAACUGGCACAAAAAACUCUUCACCUUUUUCUGAAGUAAGACAUCUGAAACAAGGUUGUGACAAUCUGUGUGAAGCUGAAUUAUCUGGGCAGAUUGGUUCUGUAGCUGGGAGCUUUUUUGGUAGAGAUGCUUCAGUGCAUCUUCAGAAAGAGAUGAUGAGAGAAGUGGUACAAUGCUGGUGGCUUAUGAAGCAACUCAAAAGACUUCAAGAAACAGACUUAGAGGUUUUCUUCAUGUUUGGGUAGCUAAUAAUGAAAAUUUGUCAACACGUCAGGCACUGUGAAAUGUGAGUAAAGACCAACUAAGCUUAAACUGAUAGCUCAGAUGUUCAGAAAAUCUCUGACUAUAGAACAGUUUAUCCUGGAUUCUCUUUCAAGGGAAGACAGUGAACAUACUCAGUUGCUGACAAAUGGUGAAGAUUGCCUCUGAAAAUUAGUGCUCUUUUAACUCCUCAUUCUACUGUUUUUAUGAUGAAUCAAAUUUGAUGACAAUCAUUAUAUAUAUUGGGAAAAAAAGGCAGUAAAAUUGCAUACAGAUUUGAUUUGAGGAAAUUCUCUUAAAAAUUUGUCAAAGCCAGAAAAAUAACAUCUGGAAUGUAAUUCAUGUGCAGUGAGCACACUGCAUUGCUUCAGAUGCUGGCACAAUAGCAGCUGCAGUACUUGGCUUUCCUGGAGACACAGGAUGAUCUGGAAAAGAAGAAUUCACAUCAGUAUAAAAGUACAGCUGUUGAGGGUAAUGGCAGGCAGUGCUCCUUCCCAGAAGAGCUGACAGGGAGGUUGUGGCAAAGCAUCCCUUUGUUACUGUGCUGUUCCUGUUCUGGAUGCAGACUACUGCUCUUGAAGUGCUGAUUCAUUUACAAAUAGUUUGUGAUAAGCUUUAGUGCAGCCAAUAUGAAAGUAAGUCCAGAGAAAUGUAGUGUGUUCCAUAAAGAGCAAUUUAUUGUGAACCUGGAGUCAGCACAGGAAGAGGUGUUUUUAUCACUGGAGAGAAAGAGAAGCUGUGUAGUGCUGGCUCAGCCUGGUGACAGAAAGCUCCUUUGCCAGCUUGCUAAUCUUAGAGAAUCAGGACAAAAAGAUGCAAUGCUUUCAGUCACCAGCAAAAUAAAAUUCGGAUUUUCUUUUCAGGCUUGAAAAGUUCUUGUUCCUGUUUAUGUGUUAACUUGCUCAUUUUUUCCAAGCCCCUUUGGCCACUGGUCACAGAUAUUUGUGCUUUUGCUUUGGGUGUGGAUUGGAUGUGAGAACAGUGCAAGACUGUCUUAAAAGCAUGGAAGAUGAUUACAGCUGAACUGUGUGUUCUUGUAGGAUAAUGGUUGUACCAGUUGAAAGAGACUCUGGCAAUGGCUACAGCUGUGCAGCAUUUCCAUUUUGAGAAAUGUUAAGGACAGCCACAAUUCCUCGUUAGACUGGAAAAAUCUGAAAGGUUGCUUUCCCAAUAGCUGGAUGAACCCCAGGACCCUCAGGCCUGGGCACAGGCAUGGUGCCCUAGAGAUGAGCUUGCUGACAGGCCAGCUGCUCGUGCAGCAGCUGAGUGGGAAGGGCUGUCCAGGCAUGGCUGGGAGGAGAUGCCAAGCCCUGUAUAAUUCACGGAAGGGCAAAUGUUGCAGAGGAAAAGAAUUCUCAAAAACACUAGCAUGAGAUGUGAUUAGAAACCCUUGAGCAAACAGAGGCAUCUUGGUAAGAAAUCUGAUUCCAUUACUGCCAAAGGCAUUUUCUGGCUGCACUGACUGAGGUGAAGUUCAACAAAUGAUGUAGCAAGAGGCAGUGAUUAGCUGGGCAGGCUGUGGCUGUCUCAGAAUGUCAAGAGUGAAGCAGAAGCAGGAUUUCUGUACAACAAAAUCUUGGCAGAAUAUGGAAAAUUGCUGAAAAGAAAUACUGUGUUUUCAUUGCAUAGGUUUCCUGUGAGACAUGGGAAUCUCAGAGAGUAGUUCUGUUCUGGGACAAGCAUGUUGGUAGCACUGGGCUAGUUUCUAAAAGUUUAAAAGUCAUAUAAUUAGGAACCAAGAAAUAGCAGGAAUAAAAGAGGGAUGAAAAUUGCAAUGAAUUAGUUUUUUACGCUGAGAGUAUCAGACCAAAAGGAACAUCAUCUUCAGAGGAGUUCACAGAAUUUGUGUCACUUAGAAAUGUGCAAAGAUCAGUUUGGGGCUGGAAGGCAGAGUUACUGCAGAGAUUGGAAUGGGUUUGUUCUGCUGGUUCCUUUGAACUGUUUUCUUCAGGGCACUUCUGAAAACAGGAAUUUUCAGGGAAGCCUGUGCCUGUGGAGCUCGAUUGAUGUAAGAAUGCAAUGAAUUCAAUGAAUGGAGAUAAGCAUUUUAGUCCUUAUCAAAUAAUUUUAUCAGGGCUCUUCAUUUAGAAGAUGAAGUGGUCUUCAUCUUUAGAAUGCUUUAGUCUCGGUAGCUUCAGAAGACAAAGAUAAAUUUGCUUUGCUGUAGCUGUGAGCAGCAGCACAAAAACUCUAUUUUCUUGUCUUCUAACAAAGUAAACUUGUUCUCUGGAGCAAACCCUGAUUUUCCAUCCCUUCCAAAGACUUCUCCAACCAUAUGUUUCUUGCUGCAGAUGGACUAAUACAAAAACAAAUACAGGAUUAAUACAGGGUAACCCCAGGAAAGUGUCAUGGGGAGUUAAACCACAGAACUUCUCAGGGGAGGAUUAACACACUCUCCUCAAACCAAAUGCCCAAACAACCCUGCCAGCAACAGGCCCACAGCAAAAGUCACUGGUAAGUCUCUGUUGGAAGCAGAACAUGGUCCAGUUUUGUUAAAAAAAUGACCUCUCUGACACAUGCUGGUUGAGGGGAGUUUUGAGGAACCAGGCCAGGUAAUUUCACUACUGCUGCAGAAAGAAUCACUGCUACUUAAUGAAGACCUAAAGAAAGGGUUUUAUUUACACACACAAAAAAGUUUUUAGGCUUCUGAUCUAGAAAAGUAUCACUUUCUGUGGUAAUCCCUUCCUUAGGACUGAUAAAAUUGUAUUUUGUGAGACUAAGAGCUUGUAUGUUGUCUGGAAUGUUUCAGAGUUGUAUUAUUUACUGCAAUUACAAGGUUGGUAAUGGCAAGGACUAGUUUAAAACAUACUGUUUUAAUAGUUAGGAAUACUGGGGUUUGUACAAGAUCUAAGGUUUGCUUACCAUUAGUGACUUGUUCUCGCAGGAAUAUUUAUGCAUGGCUCUAAGGUCCUUGUAAAGAACCUGUAUCUCUGGCAGCUGUGUCACCAUAUCUUUGGCAGUAGUAAUGAAAUACUGCUUCCCCUUGAAAACGUACUCUUUUUGAAAAGUAUCUCUAUAAAGGCUGCAGGUUUUCCAGCUCUGCUGCUCCAGCAGAGAGCACUUUUGUUGCUGUUGGCACAGAGCCUGUGGAAUCAUCUGCAGCUCAGCUCCCCUCUACAGAACCCAAUUUCCUUCUAAUUUUCUUUCUAAUGCUUGGUUAAAUGUCUCUUGAAACAGAACAUGUCUAUUUUGUUUACUUUCUUGAUAUCACCUCUAGACAAAGGUGUUUUAAACAGCUUUUGCACUGUAAAUUUCACACGAUUUUUGAAGGUUGUAUGGGGCGAUUACCAUAAUCCUUUCUCUUUAAAAAAAAAAAGUCCUUAUAUUGAUGGACCAUGAUGAAAAUUAUUCGGCACACAAUUCUAGUUAAAUGUGUUUGUCUCAACAAAGCAGUGAAAAUCAAUGUGAAAAUAAUGAAUAGUUAAAUUGUCAUGCUAAAUGUCUAUUUCAGACAAACUACUGAGUUUCAAAGUUUCUAACUUAGAAGAGAAAAGCUCAAAAAAGGGGGUUUUGAUCUUGUGCUUAAAAAAGGUGUAGUUGGUUUAAAUUUAAGAAUACUCAAGAAAAACACUUCUUUCUGUAAAAUAAGAAAGUGAGGAAGAAUUGGCUUUGAAAAGUUGCAUUUUUCUUAUAAUAGCAUGGACUUCUAACCUUCUUUCAUGGAAGGUUACAAAAAUAAGGCUGGAAUGUGCCUUCCCAAGGUGACCCAGCCCAUUGUCUGCCCCAGGCCAGCCAGGCUCACACAAUUUCUGUCAGACCUCUUGACUUUAAAGCAGUGCUGGAAGGGGAAGAGGGUGAUGCAGUGACAGGGACUGCUCAGAAGGGCCCCAGCAGCCCUUCUGCCAGUGCUGGCAGCUCGGUGCUUUAGUGAAUCAGUAGCAACCAGCAAAAACAUGCAGAUAAACAAGAGAGUUGAGCUUUCUUCAUUUUGGGGAAGCAUUUAACCCUCUCUAGCAAUUCCGUGCUCUGUAGUUUUGUGUUCACACAGAGGAAGGACUCCUGUGUAAGCACAUGUGUGCGUGGCUCAGGAUGACAUAUUCAGGGUUAUAAAAUGUGAUUUACCUCAGGAUUUGCCUUGGUUAUUUGGUUGUGACAUAUUUAAUCACUUAAUGCAAUUAAAAGAAUUUUAACUAAUUCUAGACCACAUGACAGAAUUAUAGCAGGCCAAUUUGUCUGGUCACAGAACCUUUUAGAAUGCACUGCAGCCAAGUUUCCUUGGAACAGACUUAUGCUGAGGAUUGUGUUGCUGCUGAACUGGGGUAUUUCUGGACAGCAUUUAACACUAAGGCCCUGCAGUUCACUCAGAAGUUAAAUUUGUCUUUAAAACCAACUUUUUUUCUCAAGCUUAUUCAAAAGGAAUGAAAACACCAUUAUACUCUAGAGAAGUAAUGGGGAUCCUAGAGACGUAAUCACCACACUAUAUGUGUUUAGGGUUUUAAUUAAAGGACCUAAUUUAAUUUUUCACAACAUAUGGAGCUGAAAGAUAAUGGUCUUGUUCACUGAAAAUACCUAAUGUGAUUU